UGAAUACUGUGAAGCAGCAAACUGCAAAUUUUUCUAGCUCGGUGUGCGUGAGAGAGAAGGCAAUGGAGACCACAGUGAGUGCUGAGAGCAAGAAGGAGAAAAUUAAUGGCGAGGAAGAGAAAGGGAAGAAGAUCAUCCGAAUUCAGGUUUCCAAAACCAAGAAACCUCUCUUCUUCUACCUCAAACUCGCCAAGAAGUACAUAAAGCAGGGCAAUGACGUCGAGCUUUGUGCAUUGGGCAUGGCUAUUCCAACUGUAGUAAUAAUCUCUGAGAUUUUGAAAAGCAACGGAUGGGCAAUUGACAAAAAUAUCAUGACAUCCACUGUUAAUGCAAAGGAAGACAAGGAAGGUCGAGGGAUUCCAAAAGCUAAGAUUGGGAUUUUGCUGGGAAAGGCUGCAGAUGUGGAUGAAAGUACUGUUGCUGCAUCAUGGGGGAAAGAUGCUGAUAGGAGUAACAGAGUAGUGACAGAGUAAUAUACCUAACCGGAGAUAAUGAAUCUCUUCUGCUUGUAGUAUAUGGAAAUGGAUUAUACAGUUUCAGUACAUGUUCCUCCAUUUCCUUUUCUUUUUUUGUGUCUCGAGAGGUAACAUACACCGCUGACAGUCCUCUGUAAGCAGUUUUGUUCA